AACUACCAUCAACUACCAUUAUAAUUUUAGAAGGUAGUGAAUACAAUAAAGUACUGAAAAUUAUAAGGAAGUGAUUCAAAUGGAAGAUAACUCAGUACCACUAGAAAAAAUGGUGGGACCUGAAAUGGAUUUCCUUCAGCUUAAUACACCAGAUGUACCCAUCCUAGUUCAACAAAUCUCCGAAGAAGCAGCCUUUGAAGGCUUCGAAACAUCGACUUAUUACAGAGAGAACACUUUGGGCAUGACAGUGACCUCAGGCAGUGUCACCAUCAAAAAAGAUGAAAACAACCUCAUAGGCAUCAGCAUAGGAGGCGGAGCCCCACUUUGCCCCUGCCUCUAUAUAGUCCAGAUAUUUGACAACACUGCAGCUAGCAGAGAUGGUACUCUACAAUCCGGAGACGAACUUGUGUCUGUUAAUGGACAAUCGGUCAAAAAUAAGACGAAAGUUGAAGUAGCCAAGAUGAUUCAAGCAGCAAAGGAUGAAGUAAUCAUUCAUUAUAAUAAACUGCACGCUGAUCCACAACAAGGCAAAAGCCUGGACAUUGUAUUGAAGAAAAUGAAGCACAGAUUAGUUGAAAACAUGAGCUCAUCUACAGCAGACGCUUUGGGGCUGUCCAGAGCAAUUUUAUGCAACGACACUUUAGUAAAAAAAAUGCAAGAGCUGCAGGACACUGAAUUUAUGUAUAAAGGGCUCGUGGAUCAUUGCAAAAGAGUCUUGCACGCAAAUAUGGAACUUUUACAAACAAUCAAAGCCAUGGGUGAUGUUUUCGCUUCUUUAGCCGUUAGAGAACCACAGCCCAGAGCCAGCGAAGCUUUCCGGCUAUUCGGAGAGCAACACCGAAACAUGGAAAAGGCUGGACUUGAUAUGAUCCAGAAAGUUAAACCUGUGCUGUCUGACAUGGGUACGUACCUUCAUAAGGCCAUUCCAGACACCAGAUUAACAGUAAAAAAAUAUGCAGAUGCUAAAUUUGAAUAUUUGGCUUAUUGCUUGAAAGUCAAAGAAAUGGACGAUGAAGAAUGCGGAUAUGCUGCCUUACAGGAACCAAUAUACAGAGUUGAAACUGGAAAUUAUGAAUACAGAUUGAUCCUGCGAUGUCGUCAACUAGCCAGAACUCGUUUCGCAAAGCUCAGAGCUGAUGUGCUCAUAAAAAUGGAGCUCCUGGAUAACAAACACGUCCAGCAACUAGGUGGUCAACUGGUGCGCAUUAUAAAAGCUCUAAGUGAGAUGCACCAGCGUCAUCUGGAAGCCUUAGCAGGACCUGCAUUAUUUCCUGUAGAAGUAGACUUAUCGAAUAGUGCUUUCCAAUAUAAAAGCACUACACCAGUGGUACCUAUGUUCAAUGAAGAUGAUGAUGAUCAUGAAAUAGAUCAAGCCGAAGAAAUCACGGAUUCAUUGUAUACAAUUAACGAUAAAGAAGUUGCUGAUGAUAGUAAUGAUUUUACACCAUUAUUGCCAGAUUUGCCAGAGACUACAACCACUGAGCCUAAUUAUGAUGAAAUGGAUAAUUUGACUCUAUUGUCAACGUUGUGUUUAAACGAUAGUCCUAGAAAAAUUGACGAAGGAGAUUUAUUAACUAAUCUAGAUUAAAUAAAUUUGUUUCAUUUAUUGUGAAUAUUUUUAUAAAAUUAUUAAUAUACCGAGUAAAGGGGUCCAAUAAUACCACCGCUAAUCACAGAUUUGUUCACGCUACUUUUCCUUAGAAACUUUUCAGUAUUGUCCUUGUGCAACAGGCUAAUUACACCAGAUUGUCCUACUAAAGGAGUCUUGGACAAAUUUUCUGAUUCCUCCUUGUACAAAUGGUGACUUUCUUCUUCAGGUGGUGCAGUUGCUAACACUUGAGGCUGUUGGUAGAGAGGUUGACCAAUAGGAC